UCGUCAUCCUUCCUCCCUUCUCCUCUGUUCAUCACCACCUCGGCGCGAUGGAUCGCGCACCAGAUCUCCACGUCUCCGCCCUCUCGCCGGCCGAGUUCCGCGCGUACAAGCGCUACCUCGACUUGCUGGCGCUGGCACAGGCUCGCGACGGCGUCACGACACUGGGCGCAGAUGGAACGGUGCGCUUCGAACGUGUGGCUGUGCGGCGCUUCGCAGAGGAGCGACUGGGCGCGCGUGGUGUCGACGAGGUCCUUAGCCGCGUAGCGACAGCGGGCGCUCGCCUGUCCGCGGGGCAGGUCUACGCCGUAUUCCGCCUGCUCUCCCACCAGGUCGCUGGCAAGCGGGGUGACAUCGAGCUCGUCUUCGUGCCAGUCGACCCGCUCCCUCUUGAUCCCGAUGCGCCCGCUCCGCCUCCCCCCCGACGAGUCCACUCUAUAUCAGGACCCGUGAGCGCGGCCAGUAGCUCUUCCUCACGCCGUUCUCGCCCAUCUCUCCCACCUCGACGCACGCCCUCGCCUCCUCCAUCCCGCGCAUCACGGAAGAGCCUGCCCAACUCGCUCGAUCCCAAGCCUCUCGAUCCGUUCGCAGACUCGCCUGGACCUUCACCCGCCAAGGCGCGCACGUACUCUACGCCAGCACUUGGCACGUCCGGCAUUGUGGGGAGCAAUAACCCCUUCCGCGCCACGGCUCCACAUCUCGGCUGGGGCAAACCCCCUGCUCAGCAGUUUUGGUCGUCCGGACCAGCCAAAGAAGCCCCUGAACCACCCCGCUCUGAUCUGCGCACUGAGCCGCUCCGCUCCGUCGGCCCCCCGCUCCCGCCCCGCAAGCCCAGCGUCCGCCGUCCGGGCCCAGCACUUCCUCCUCGAGGCCGCGUGCGCGCCGAUUCAUUGUCUUCGUCGGCGUCCGAGAACCAGCCGACCAGCACCCGCGAAUCGUCAUCCAUCAUGCAGCAGAGUUUUGCCGCCGCCGCUAACCGCGAGCAGCCCCGCCGCACUGCGACUGUCCAGGUCUUGCGGAGCUCCGAGCGCCCCGCGCCCCCGCAGCGCCCUGAUGACGCGAAUGACUCGCUGUCUACACGCAACGAGCCCCCUCCCCCUCCCCGCCGUGACGAGGCUCUUGCCCCUCCUCGCCGCGAUGAAGCCCUCGCCGGCCACCCUCGCCGCGACAUUGUCGAGCAGGUCAGCCGCGCGAUCCGCGAGAGUGAGGUCGACCCGCCCCCUCCUCCACCCCAGCGCGUUGUGUCUGGUGCCAGACCGAAGCCGUCUCCUUCGCCUACCUCGGCGACUGCAGCGUUCACUCUGACCGCCGAGGAGGCGAGGGCCAAGUACCCUGGCCUUAAGACGUGGCCACAUGUUGGGCUGCUGUCUGACCGUCCUUCGCGCCAGGCAUUCGCUAUGAUCAUUCUCAACCAGCCGAUCACCCGUCGCGACACGCUGAUGCGCGUUUGGUUCGCGAGCACGUUGCGCUACUGUGCCGAUGGUGGAGCGAACCGGCUGUAUGACGCGCUCGAUGCCGAGGAGCGCGAACGCAUGCUCCCUACGAUGAUCAAAGGCGACCUCGACUCGAUCCGCCCUGAUGUCAAGGCGUUCUACGCUUCGCGCGGAGUGGCCAUUAAGCGCGACCCAUCCGAGUAUGCCACGGAUCUUCAGAAGAACAUGGACGAGGUCGUGGCGGUGGAGAAGGCAUCGGGCAAGAAGUUCUCUCUCGUGUUCCUCGGCGGCCUAUCGGGCCGGCUCGACCAGACGCUGCACGUGCUUUCGACGCUGUUCAAGCUCCGUGAGACGCGGCGCAGCACCUACGUCAUAUCGGAGGAGAGCCUGGCGUGGGUGCUUGACACGGGUGUCCACCUCAUCGAGAUCGACCACGCCAGCAUGGGCCAGACGUGUGGCCUGCUCCCUGUGGGCGUGAAUGAGGCGUACGUGCGCACCGAGGGGCUCAGAUGGAACUUGGACUGGGCGACGAGCGUCAUGGGAGAUCUGAGCACGUCGAAUCAUCUGCUGCCGCACGAGCACGCGGUGCUAGUUGACACGUCCGCGCCGAUCGUGUGGACGGUCGAGAUCCGCAAGGGCCUGCAAAUGCCGCCGCUGCGCUCGCCGACGGGUGUGGACGAGCUGUCGCGCGGCGUGAAAGAGCUGGGCCGGGCAGUGGGCAAGGGAAUGGGAUCUAUUGGGCAGGGGUUCAACCGGCGCCUCAGUCGGCAGGGCGUGCCGAUGCCCGCGAAUACGAAUGGGGGGGAGGAGAGAAGAGAGCGCAACGAGCGCGCGGCGCUGGUGCAGCAAGACAGCGGGUAUGCGUCGCGCGACGACGAGGCGGACGGGUACGCGCAGCUCGAUUAGAGAUAGGCUAUGGGGGGUAGUGGAUGGUGGCGUGUGCCUGAGAAGCCUUAAAGCUAGUGGGUACAGUACAUGAGCAUCGGAGCUUGGCAGAAGAAUUAGAUGCGAAUGGAAGGGCGAGAGAUAUGGCAGCUUAUUAUUAUAUGCGUGAGACUGUGAGAUGGAGAGACGUGGGCUUGUGAGACAAAUGGACUGCAUGAGAGCUCUAGUGGGCCAAAUGCCACGUCGGCGAGGGGUGGACUCGCCCUGGAGCGCGGCGUCGGGACUGGAUCGAGUGCAAUUCCAUAUGGUCUCUUUGAGACAGCGAGCCGACGUGUCCGAGCGCUGCAGUGGCUUGAGAUGAUGCAUUGUUGUU